AUGGAUAAUGACUACGGGCUGUCUGUACGGACGAUGGACUUGGGAGAUAUCACUGGCCUAGGCUGGUCUUUCCUGACGGUGCCUGCUGGCUCACCCGGCUUUAGAUCUUCCAAGCAUGGCUACCUUGGAGCUGCGGCCACACUUUUCGGGGUCAUCCAGGAAGACUCGGUGUUUGGAGGCAUGAAUGAUGCAGGACUCAGUUGCGAUGCGCAGACUCUCCUGGGAAGCAAGUACCCCGCUGCCUCGGCUGAGAAAGACAAUAUCGAGGCGGUCCUUCUUUGCCGAUGGGCUUUGGAAGGCUUUGGAAGCAUCCAGGAGAUCCAGGAGGGCCUGAAGUCUGUUCAGUUUGUCGCGCCGAAGUCGAUGUUUGCCCUUGUUGGUGGCUUGCACUGGGUUCUUCGUGAUGCCACUGGCAAAGGCCUUGUGGUGGAGUUCCUGGAUGGCCAGACUGUGACUCGUGAGGACUUGAAUGACGGCGACAGCACAUUCGGGAUCAUGACGAACGAGCCUACCUUCGACUGGCAGCUGCAAGCCAUCCAGCACCUGAAAUGGAAGGAGGGCCUUGCUCGAACGGCUGUGGCCAUGCCGGGGGCAUGGUAUCCCGAAGAUCGCUUCCAGCGCAUCUUUCUAGUCAGGAGGGGGAUGCCCACCCCGAAGAGUUACCAGGACGCAGUGAUGCAAGCGGUGCACGUGUUGAAUACCGUGACAGUUCCAAUGGGCCUUCAACUGGGCACAGAUUCCGGAAAGCACUCCGGCGAAGGCUCUGGCGACCACACUCAGUGGGGUGUCAUCUACGAUCAUGUGCAGAAGGUCAUGUAUUGGAGGUCUUCAGCAAACCACAACCUCCAGAGGCUGCAGCUGGAUGACCUUCUCAAAAGCGGUGGCAAGAGGUCUUUGAACGCGGAUGCUGCUCAUCUUCCCUGGUUUAACGACGCCGCGGCAGCUUUCCAACCAGUUGUUGCCGACAAGGAUCACCUCAAUGUCGUCUGA